AAUGUGAGAGGAGGAGAAGAAGCGUUGCAAAGAUGCAGGAUGUCACCAUGAUGGGGAUGGAGGUCUUCAACUGCCUCGCCUGCUAUCUACCCCUCAGACCUCCGAUAUAUCAGUGUUCCGUGGGGCAUUUCAUCUGCUGCUCUUGCCAUGACAAGCUUCCGGCGGAGGAUAGGAAGUGCAGCACCUGCUCCGCCGCCAUCUCCCAGCGCUGCUACGGCAUGGAGCGCGUCGUGGACGGCAUCCUCCUUCCCUGCAAGCACGGGUGCAAGAAGAAGAUCGCCUACCACCACAGGGCGGAGCACGAGAGCAAUCAGUGCCGCAACCGGCCGUAUGUGUGCCCGGUCUCCGGCUGCCGCUUCUCUGGGACCAACGCGCAGCUCCUGGACCAUUUCACCGCCCGUCACAAGUGGAAGACGAAAAGGUUCGUAUACUCUGUGGCGUUCGAUCUCCAGGUCCAGCCAGGCUAUCAUCUCCUCCGUGGCGGCGACGGCCGCGUCUUUUUGCUCAACAUGGCGCCCCCGGAGUUGCUUGGUCAUGCAGUCUCCCUCGUCUCCGUCAAGCCGAUCGCUCGGGGACACGUGAUCCGGUGCUCCGUUGGUUUCUCGCGCUUCUCUGGCCACUACCAGGUUACAUGGCUGGAACUCGGGAGCUUGUCCAGGUCUGAUGGGAUGCUGGCCGAGUGCUUCUUCGUCGUGCCCAAGGUGUCCAAUGGAGGUGUGAUGCUCAACAUCACCAUAGAUGACGGCAAGCUGUACGAGGAGGACCAUGACGACGACAACUACAAGGACUGGGAGGACGAGGAGGUUACAUAUGAUUGAUGGGCUGCACGCCUCAAUGCAUAGUAUCCCCUAUAUAUGGUGACUGCUUUCAUGAAGUAGGUUAUGCAUGCUUUGCUCUCGUCCUCGGUUGAAUGAUUGGUCAUCUAAGUUGUUCCAACGUGUUAAGUAUUUUCAACUUUUAUCUAGGUUGAUGCCGCUACUACGUGAAUUAAUUAUAUGGGUAUCCGAAAAAAUGAGCAUGCAAC